AUGAAUCCAAUAGACACACAUAAACUAACAAUCAUAUUAGAAGACUCGUCCGAAAAUUUAGCUUUUCUUCAUUCAAUAUUACCAUAAGACGAUUUAUCAUCUGAACUUGCUGGUUACGAGAUAUCUAAAUUACUAAAAAAAUAAAAAAACCUAGAAAACUCAUAUGCGGAAUUAGUAAAUCUUCGUACAUCAUUAACUGGUAUAUAAAACAAGCAAAAACUAAACGAGACUUAAGUAAAAAUAGUGGAUGUAGCUUAGAAAUUAAAGGAAAGUACUAAAAAAUUAUGCCGUUUGUUUAAAGAAAACCCCAAUUUAGAAAACGAUGCCUUAAAAGUAUAAAGAGAUCGCUAAAAAUUUAUGGAAGUAAUAGAAAACCUUAUAUUAAUGGUUUAAAAUAAUACUAUGAAUAAAUUCUAAAACCUAACCACUUAGGAACUGGAAGAUUAAGAUAAAUUAAGGAAAUUAAUUUUUAGAGAAAAGGAAUUAUAUUAAGAAAUAAAAAAAUUAUGUAAAGAAAUAUAAGAGGAAAACAAAGAAUAUGAUAAUGAAUAAAAAGAGACUAAUUUAAAAAUUUAGCAUUUAAAAGAAAGACUAUUAUACAAAAGAAAUAGAGCAUUUAUUAAAAAUUAAUAUAGAGAAAAAGAAACUAAGGCUUAAGAAGGUACAUUAGAUAGAAUGUAUGAAUGGGAUUAAAAAUUAUUAAAGGAUUAAAUUAAAAAUAUGCAUAAUAAAAUAGAAACGGAGAAUUUAGUAUAUGCGGAAUUGAGAGAAUUUUUAAUUUCUAAAGAAGAAAAAAUUAGAUAACAAAAUGAAGAAUGGGAUAGGCUUUUAAAUACUAAAAAAUAAUAACUAGAAGACUAAAUAGAAGAAUUAAGGAAAUAGAAAGAUAGAGAUGUUGAAGAAUUAGAAAAAUUAAGAUAAAGAGAUUAAGAAGAAAGAGAAUAAAAAGAUGAAAGAGAUAGAUAAGAAAUAUUAGAAGCUUAAUAGAAAUAAUAAGACGAACUUAAUUAAAUUAGAUUAGAUAAUGCAAUAAAAUUAAUAUAAAUAGAAUAUUAAGAAUGGAAAUUAGGAGGUGGUGGAAAAAAAAAAAGAAAAGGAGGGAAAAAGAAAAAAAAAUGA